UGUUUGGAUGUGACAGCCUUUUUCCACGUUUUCCCCUAUUAGCGUAUAAUUUUGCAAUUGGCCUUCGCCAGAGCGCCAUUUGUAUCGAUAAUUUAGCUAAACUCGAGCGAAUUGCGGGUGCUUAGUGGGUGCUUCUUUGUUUGUGCAGUGAAAACACAGCAAAACCGGCGAACAGGACUAAACCACCAACACUGAAAAUGGAGGCACAAAAAUUGACGGAACUGUUGCGCGCAACCAUCGAUCAAAACCCGGAGCAAAGGAAAGCGGCCGAGGAGCAAUUAGCUCAAAUACACAAAAUCAUUGGAUUUGUGCCGACCAUACUGCAAAUCGUAAUGCAAACGUCGCUGGAGCAGCCGGUUAGGCAAGCGGGAGUUGUCUAUCUCAAGAACCUGGUCAACAGCAGCUGGUCGGAUCAUGAGACUAAGCCGGGUGAUCCCAUACCAUUCUCCAUACACGAACAGGAUCGCGCAAUGAUACGCGGCGCCAUUGUGGAUGCCAUUGUCCAUGCCCCCGAGCUGAUCAGAGUUCAGCUCUCUAUCUGCGUAAAUCAUAUCAUCAAGAGCGAUUUUCCCGGACGAUGGCCUCAAGUGGUGGACAACAUUAGCAUCUACUUGCAGAAUCCGGAUGUGAAUGGCUGGAACGGUGCAUUGGUGACCAUGUAUCAGCUGGUCAAGACCUAUGAAUACAAACGUUACGAGGAGCGAGCACCACUGAACGAGGCAAUGAAUUUGCUGUUGCCAAUGAUUUAUCAGCUGAUACUGACGCUACUCAACGAUCAAUCGGAGCAAUCGGUGCUGUUGCAAAAACAAAUACUCAAGAUUUACUAUGCACUAACGCAGUACAGUCUGCCGCUCGAUCUCAUUACCAAGGAGAUCUUCUCGCAGUGGAUGGAAAUCUGUCGUCAGAUUGCGGAUCGUGCUGUGCCCGAUUGCUCGCAUCUGGAUGACGAUGAACGCACCGAAUUCCCCUACUGGAAAACUAAGAAAUGGGCCCUGCACAUUAUGGUGCGCAUGUUUGAGCGUUAUGGCAGUCCCAGCAGCGUGGUUAGCGAAAAGUAUCAGAAAUUCGCCGAAUGGUAUCUACCCACCUUUAGUUCUGGCGUCUUGGAGGUUCUGCUCAAAAUUCUAGAUCAAUAUCGUAAUCGUGUCUAUGUAUCGCCACGUGUCCUUACGGAUGUGCUAAACUAUCUGAAGAUUGCUGUGAGCCACGCCUACACCUGGAAGCUGAUUAAGCCGCACAUGGUUGCCGUUAUUCAGGAUGUCAUAUUUCCCAUCAUGUCGUUUACCGAUUCGGAUCAGGAGCUAUGGGAGAGCGAUCCCUAUGAGUACAUUCGCCUCAAGUUUGAUAUUUUUGAGGAUUAUGCCACGCCCGUGCCGGCUGCACAAUCGCUGCUGCAUUCCGUCUGUAAGAAACGCAAGGGCAUUCUGCCCAAGGCGAUGAGCACCAUUAUGCAAAUAAUUACCUCACCCAAUGCGGACAAUAAGCAAAAGGAUGGCGCCCUCCACAUGAUUGGCACCCUGGCGGAUGUCCUGCUGAAGAAGGCGCUAUAUCGUGAUCAGGUCGAGUCAAUGCUGACCACCUAUGUAUUUCCGGAAUUCGGGAAUCCAGCCGGGCAUAUGCGGGCACGUGCCUGUUGGGUAUUGCACUAUUUCUGCGAUGUCCAAAUCAAGAAUCCUCAGGUGUUAGCCGAAACUAUGCGCCUGACCACUAAUGCCUUGCUGACAGAUAAAGAGCUGCCCGUUAAGGUGGAGGCUGCCGUGGGCCUGCAAAUGUUCCUAACGUCGCAGGACGAGGCACCCCAAUACGUCGAGACACAAAUUAAAGAGAUUACCAAGGAGCUGUUGACCAUCAUACGCGAGACCGAAAACGAAGACUUGACAAAUGUCAUGCAGAAGAUUGUUUGCACAUUUACGGAGCAACUGCUGCCGGUUGCCACAGAAAUAUGCCAGCACUUGGCAACGACAUUCAGUCAAGUGCUGGAAUCGGAGGAGGGCUCCGAUGAGAAGGCCAUCACAGCCAUGGGUCUGCUGAAUACGAUAGAAACGCUGCUCAGUGUAAUGGAAGAACAUCCGGAUGUGCUGCUCAAUUUGCAUCCAAUAGUGAUUAACGUUGUGGGUCACAUAUUCCAGCACAACAUAACCGAUUUCUAUGAGGAAACAUUCUCGCUGGUUUACGAUUUGACGUCCAAGUCCAUUUCAGCUGAAAUGUGGCAAAUGCUCGAGCUAAUCUAUCAGGUGUUCAAGAAGGAUGGGGUCGAUUAUUUCAUUGACAUUAUGCCAGCGCUGCAUAAUUAUGUAACCGUCGAUACGCCAGCGUUCCUUUCAAAUCCGAACCGCCUUCUGGCCAUACUGGACAUGUGCAAAACUAUGCUUACUGGCAAUCCUGGCGAGGAUCCCGAAUGUCAUGCCGCCAAGUUAAUGGAGGUGAUUAUACUGCAGUGCAAGGGCCAAAUCGAUUCGGUGAUACAUAUGUUUGUGGAGCUGGCCCUGUCGCGUCUGACACGUGAGGUGCAAUCUUCGGAGCUGCGCACCAUGUGCCUUCAAGUGGUCAUUGCGGCGCUCUAUUACAAUCCGCAGCUGCUGCUCUCCAUUCUUGACAAGAUGUCGCAGCCCAACAACGAACCAAUUAGCUCACAUUUCAUCAAACAAUGGCUGCAUGAUACAGACUGUUUUCUAGGCAUUCACGAUCGCAAGCUGUGCGUGUUGGGCCUGUGUACGCUUAUCUCGCUGGGCGAUGCCAAGCCGCAGGUGCUGAGCGAGGUGGCGGGCAAGAUUGUGCCAUCGCUGAUACUGCUCUUCGAUGGUCUCAAGCGUGCUUACGAAUCCCGUGCACAGGAGGAAGAGGAGGAAGAAGAGGAGGAGGAUGGCGAUGAUUGUGAAGAGGCUUUGUCGAGCGAUGAGGAUGAGAUGGACGAAAUGGCGCCCAACUAUUUGGAUAAGUUGGCAGAAUUUAGCAAAACGAAAGGCGCCGUGGCUGGCUUUGAAGUGAAAGCCGAAAUAAAGGAUGACGAUGAAGAUUCGGACGACGAGGCUGAGGAGUCUGUUGGUGAUCUGAAUGAAACUGGCCUCGAAACAUUUACCACGCCCAUUGACGAGGAGGAGAACGAAAGCGCUAUCGAUGAAUAUUGGACGUUUAAGGAAGUUAUUACAGCACUUUCCGCACAAGAUCAGGCCUGGUAUUCGCUGUUGACAUCGAACCUAACGGCCGAACAAGCAAAGGCGCUACAGGAUGUGGUCGUGACCGCUGACCAGCGCAAGGCGGCCAAAGAAUCGAAAUUGAUUGAGAAACAGGGUGGAUUCGCAUUCCCCCAAACAACCGUGCCCACAUCAUUUAAGUUUGGCUCUUAAAUGCGAACUGUGCGACUCGAACUUAGUACGAUUUCUUCUGACUUCACUGUUUCUCAUAUUCUUUCUAUAACGAAAUCGAAAAUGGAAAAACGAAAAAAAAAAAACAAAAAAAACAAUUAGUGACUGGAACUCAACACGUUGAGUGUUGAGGCAAUUUCUAGAUUCUCGUACACAUUGUGUACACAAAUAUACACAUACACGUGUUGCAUGCAUCGGUUGAGCGAUCGGUAAUUGGGUGAUCGCUUUAUAUAUUUAUUGUAGAUUUAUUUUUUAAAUUUCUAUUUUGGCAACUCCAUGCCAACUAAAUUAUAAUAACUUAAGUUUGAAAAACCAAUUGUAUAUCAUUGUAUGUAACUAAGAAAACAAUUUAGACGUCGUCUCAUGCAAUGAGGUUGCGCCCGGCUAAGCAAAGAUCAGCCCCACUCCAGCGUAAAGUGGUCAGAGAAUGAGAAUUCAACGCAGAGCAUUUCACUUACAUUGUCUUUACACACACACACACACACACACACACGUAUAUAACGUACUAGAUGGAGCGAUAUUUUUGAAAAAUAAAAACAUUUUUAACGUUUGA